AUGAUGAACCUCAAAACAAUCCUACUGGUCUCCUACCAGAUAGUAUCAACAUUUGGCAGACCAAUACCACUCGUCCCUUCACAAAGUCAAGAUUCCCCCGAAACUCUCCACAACCUCCAAGACAACGCAGAAGGUCUCCUCUAUCUCAGCAAAGGAAUCAUACAAGAAACAUUCUUGCUCGAAACAACACUCACAGGUCUCCGAAAUGGGAAAUACAAACCAGUAUCCACACUCAAAGAAGCAAUGGCCUCACUCGCUUCAAUGCCAAAUGCAAGCGACCACACGACAAUAGAGUUAGCAACAGAACUCAUAACUCGCGGCCUAGCACCAACAAACAUUCUCGAUAUCAUCAACGGUCUUACUGAUUCACAAAUAAACUCCAUAUAUAACGAUAAUCCCAGAAAUCCCGAACAAUUAAUAUACCCGAAAAGAAACCCCGAAGACGCACCAUACGAUAAAACAGAAGAUGAACUUCGAUCAGCAAUUCGCAUUCCUCAUAACUUUCAAUACGGGUCAAAUGGCAAGCGUCCAGUCCUUCUUGUCCCAGGGACAUCCGACCCAACCGGAACAACAUACUACUUCAGUUAUGAAAAAUUACUUGCGGAUACGGACUUCGCCGAUCCAAUCUGGGUAAAUAUCCCAGACCAUUCACUUGGUGAUAUCCAAGUUGUUUCAGAAUAUGUCGCAUACGCCAUAAACUAUGUUUCUGCGAUCUCGAAAACAAAAAUAGGAGUAAUAUCCUGGUCACAGGGUGGUAUCGAUGUACAAUGGGCACUAAGAUACUGGCCCUCAACCCGGGAUGCAGUUGAAGAUUUUAUGCCUAUUAGUCCUGACUUUCACGGGACUCUCUUCGAAUAUGCUUGUGUGUUUCCGAAUAGACUUUGCACACCAUCUAUCAGGCAACAAGGAUAUGAGUCUAAUUUGAUUCAUGCCUUGAGGAACGAGGAUGGUGAUUCGGCAUAUGUACCGACGACAAGUGUUUAUUCUGGUGUUGAUGAGAUUGUUCAGCCUCAGAGUGAUCCGAACGCUUCGGGGACUUUGAAAGAUGUUCGUAGAGUGGGUGUUACGAAUACGCAGAUCCAACUUGCCUGUCCUGGGAAGCCGGCUGGGGGGUUCUAUACGCACGAGGCUAUGUUGGUGAAUCCAAUUGCUUAUGCACUGUUCGUCGAUGCUCUUACACAUGACGGGCCUGGGGAAUUGUCGCGUAUUGAUCUUGACACGGUUUGUGACCAAAUAGUUCCUCUUGGACUUGGGUUAGAUGAUUUGUUGGGGACAGAGGCAAUGGCGGUCAUAUACGGAAUCGUGGACACUUUGUCAUAUGGGGAGAGCGAACCUCAGGAGCCUCCUCUUAAAUAUUACGUUUGA